ACCGCCUCCCUUCCGGCGGCCGCAGCAGCGCUCCCGCCUCUUCCCUCAGAGCGCGCUCGGCCCGACUGCAGCCACCGCGCCGCGGCCAUGAGUGAGGCAGAAGUGAAUCCCAAAGCUUACCCGCUGGCUGAUGCACAGCUCACCAAAACACUGCUGGAUCUGGUGCAGCAAUCCUGCAACUAUAAGCAGCUACGCAAAGGAGCCAAUGAAGCCACCAAAACACUGAACAGAGGGAUAGCAGAGUUCAUUGUGAUGGCAGCAGAUGCAGAGCCCUUGGAGAUCAUCCUGCACCUCCCUCUUCUCUGCGAGGACAAGAAUGUACCUUAUGUGUUUGUGCGCUCCAAGCAAGCCCUGGGCCGGGCAUGCGGAGUUUCCCGGCCUGUCAUCGCCUGCUCCAUCACCAUCAAGGAGGGAUCACAGCUAAAGCCUCAGAUCCAGUCUGUACAGCAAGCUAUAGAAAGACUGUUGGUCUAAGUGCCCAUGAGUGUGUGUGUUCGAAACAGAAAAGUGCAAAUUAGGGGAAAUUAAUGUUUAGCUUCAGUUGAGAUGAUAGUUUUGAUAUCAAUGUUGAUAUCAAUUUCAAAAUGCCACAUUUUUGUUUCAUAAUGGCUCAAUUAUUAGUGUUUCUGCCUCCUAUCUCCCCACUUUUCUAUUUUUCCACUCCAAUAGAUUCAUUCUCAUUGUAUUACUUAUUGAAAAGUGACUGUACAACUGUGUUUCCUGUUUUAUGUUUAGAAGAACAGAAAAAAAAAAGUCCCCCCUUUGUCUUCCUGUCUGCCUGCUCAGGGCUUUUUCAACCCACCUGUCAGUUUUCUCUGUGUUGCAGUAUUUCUGCUAAGCUUCAGCCUCCAGCAGGUGUGAGUAACUCCGCGUUUCUGAACGGUUUAGGCUACUGAGGAAAAGGUUCCCUGUGUUCAGGCUGCUGGAGUCAAUAAGAGCAGCACAGGCAGGUAAAAGGCAGGCAGCACCUACUGUGUACCAGAUGGAGCCAAGAUCAGCGCACGUAGCACAGCCUUUGUCCUUGAAACCAGACAAGAGACUUCUGUGAGAGAUGCACGGGGAGCAGAAAUCUUCUGGCAGUAUACAAGGGGAACUCUCUUAACUUGAUUAUUUUUAAAUACUGACUUUUUAAGAAAAAAUAAAAAUGCUGCAAAGCUAAAUAGAAUUGUCAUUCCCUUGGUGAAAUAUUUGCAACUAACUGGAGUGUUUCUGCUUGUAAAGCUAAGUUGCUCACAGGUUACCUAAAAGCUAGUGCAGUGCAGUAAUUUGUACUCCCUACUCAGUUUUCUUUGCAUGACUGUUACCACUGAGGUUGGGCUUCCUAGGGAAGUUAAGUACAAAACACAUGGCAGAGAGCAGCCUGUUGUGGCUGACAAAUACCCUACAUCUGGCUGUUAAUUAUAGCAAGUGCCAUGCUUUUUAGCUACUUCACUCUAGGCACCUGACUGAAGAUGAACCCUUUUAUGUCAUGGCCAAGGAAACAGAGAACAAGUAAUUUUUCAGAUAAUAUGUGUCUCAAGAAGAGAAUGCUAUAUCAUCUCAUGUCCUGGAAAAGCAGCAUGGAGCACCAACAGCAGUGUGGAUGAGUGGUGGUUUUAUGGACCUAGUUUUUAGUUAAAUGCAUAUUGUUUAAUAAACCCACUUCUGCUCCGAUGAGAAAAGUUUAAA